AUGUCUUCCUAUGGACAGAUGCUUAGCUCCCGCUGUGCUGAGCCAUGUGAAGUGACGUGCUCGCGACCGUAUAUCAACAGUUGGAGUGAACCAUGUGUCAGCUCAUGCGGAGAUUCAAGAGCGAUCGUGUACGCGCCACCCGUUGUCGUGACUUUCCCGGGACCUAUUAUCAGCUCAUGCCCUCAGGAAAGUUUUGUGGGAACUGCCAUGCCUCAAAUUGAGUGUCAGAUGGGCCCCAGGGGUGGAGGAAUGGGAUCUGGAGGUUCCUGUGGUGGAGGCAGCUCCUAUGGGAUGGGCUGCCAUGGUUCAGGUGGUUCUUAUGGUGGUGUGGGAGGGGGCUCAUGUGGUGGGGAGGGCUCAUGUGGUGGUGGACUCUCCCGUUUGGGAAGCUUUUACCGAAACUCAUUUUUUUCAGGAUUUGGUAGAAAUUAUUUCCCCUUUUUUUCCAGAGGGUACUAUAGAUAUAACGGUGGAAACUAUGGGUCAUUUUAA